UCUGGGAAGGUUCUAAGAUGGCCGCUUCCUGAGAGCUAGGUGCUUGUCUGAGGGGAAAGCGCUUCGGCAACUCGAGAGCUCGAUGGCGGCCGCAGCGCUAUUGUUGACCGCCGCGCGGGGCUUACUCGGCCGCAGUUUUUUCGCUCCCAAAGGUCGUCGGCUGGCCAGUUCGGGAGUCCCUCACUCAUUCCAUGUGAGGGAGCCCCCCCGCCCCAAAGAGGUUGAUCGCUGGACAGAGAAACGAGCACUAUUUGGGGUCUAUGACAACAUUGGAAUUCUGGGGGACUUUUUGGUCCACCCCAGGGAACUGAUUGUAGGUCCCAAAUGGUUACGUGGCUGGCGGGGGAAUGAGCUGCAAAGGUGCAUCCGCAAAAAGAAAAUGGUGGGUGACCGAAUGUUUUUUGAGGAUUACCACAACUUGAACAAGAGGAUUAAAUAUUUGUACAAGCAUUUUAACCGAACUGGGAAGCAUCGCUAAGAGUAUCUCCUUGAGAACUAACAUCUGUCCUCAAGAACAUCGUGUAUUUGUGGAGAAUAUUCAUGCAGAGACUGAUGCCUAUGUGAAAUUGUUCAAAUGGUCUUGUGUUUUAUGAAUAUGUUUUCCAUUUUAUAUCUUUACUUCAUAUCUGCCAAUGAAUUCCUGUGCAAUGCACUGAAAUUCCUUUCCUGGUGGUCUCCUUCAGCUUAAUAGCCUGAAGUUGCUGAACUUCCUUCAGUUUCAACCAUGUUUGUGUAUAUGCAUACACAAUAGUUGCUAUAUGCUGUCUUCCAUAACUAUAGCCACUCCCAGCAUUCCCCCCCCCCAUACAUCAGUAUUUCUCAUGUAUUUCAGACUGAAAAUUGAUUAGCAGUUCAAGAAUAAGAUGAUUUUGUUAUGAAUAUUUGCUAAGGCGGUCAAUAACAUAGGUACAAAAAAUGUUAAUUCCAGCUUUUUUCACUGCUUCCUUGUUUUGUCUGAUCAUCUGAGUUCUCCACAUAUGGAUUGACUUAUAGAGAGUAGAGUCAAGUCAGCUAUGUGUAAUAGGAUGAAGAUACUGGGACCAGCAUGAAUAAGCACAAAUCUGUUCAGAUACCAAAUUUGACUUUUCUUCCCUCCCCCGUGAGCUGAAUUCAUGUUUUAAAAUGCUGUUAGAAUUCUUGCUCUGAGCAAAGACACUAGAAUAACGGGGAGAAAGGAGUGAGAUAAAGAAAAAAAGUCACACCGGUUUUAGUAGAUGCUUCUCCGAAGUACAUUGCUUUUCUUUACUUUAUUCAGCAAGCAAUUUAGUAGUAUACUCCGGAGCAAGCAAUACUGUAAUCAGAGGUGGGUAACUUCUGGUGGACUGUAACUCCCAUCUUCCCUUUCCAUUGGCUGUGUUGGCCAAGGCUGAUGGGAGUUAUAGGCUGAAACUAUAGUGCCUAUUGGGACAAAAUUAUGUUGGAAAGCAUGAGAACACAGGCAAAAAAGUUAUACCCGAGCACAGCCAUGGACUGACACACACCACCCCAUCCUAAAGGAGUGUGUGGGAGAAGAUAAUGAGCAUUCUGGUAGCCAAGUGUGGCACAGCAGCUAGGGCACAAGAAGGCAUAACAGCAGAAACAUGGGUGAUGUUAUUAAGAUGUGUUGCAACGAGCUAUAUUAUCUUAUUCCUACAUGAGCGUAUAUGCAAGAACAUGAAGAAAACAAGGGAAAUGGUGCUGGGGGCUAUAUUGUGAUAGCACAAAGGGCAGAGCACCGCAAACAACAAAUGCCCAACAGACAGUAACAGUGCCGCUGUUAAGAUGGGAGUUGCUGUAUGCUCUGUAUUUACAUUCCCACUAGGUAUGCUAAUACAUGACUUGAUACAAACACAGACCUAGAACUGCAUCUCA